GAGCUCUGGGAUAGGAGCCGAGGGUAGAAUAUAUACUGCGAGAAGUGACCACUUGAGCACUACGCUCCGCCGGUUAGCGUUGAGAAGGGGCAAAGGGGCUUUUCCACCAUGCGGGGAAAAGUUCUGGCCAUCGUCUUCUGUCUCCUAGGCUCUGCCAUUUCAGCUAGAGCUGCUGAAUUAGGGCAGCAACAAGAACACGUCAGUCUCACCUUGGAACCAGCACCAGUCGCAGGGGUUACCGAAAAUGUCGUCACUGGAGUUUCAGGUGGAGCAUUAGGCGGCGUCACUAGCGCCACAUCAAGUGUUGCGCCUGGUGUGGUUGGAGGCUCUUUGACCACCGGUGCUAUAGGAACACCAUGGGGAGUUGCUGGGUUCCCGUAUAGUUCUUGGAGUGGCUACCCAGGUUUUGGUGGUUUUUCAAACCUUUAUGGGGGCUACUACGGAGGCUACCCGGGCUACGGCAGUUAUCUGUCUCGCUCAUCCGGGCUUUUCGGUCCUUCCAGCCCGUGGGGAUACCCGUAUGGUAGUGCUUAUGGAUCUAUAGGCUACCCUGGUGCUCUGGGAGGACUUGGAGGAUAUGGGGGAGCUCUUGGACUUCUAGGACGUUAUCCAGGCCUUUCCGGAGUGUAUGGAAACACCCUCGGUCUUUCAGGCCUGUACGGAGCAUACCCAGGAUUCGGACGCCUGCCGGGAGUUCUGGGAAGUUACCCAGGUCUGACGGGGCUUUCAAGUUUGUAUGGCGGAUACCCAGGUUAUUUGGGAAGCCUUAGCGGUCUUUCUGGGCCGCUGGGACUACUCGGACGUUAUCCAGGGCUUUCGGGAUUGUUAGGAAGCUAUCCUGGCCUGAAUGGUCUCUCGGGUUGGUAUGGAGGAUACCCAGGUCUCACAGGCCUUUCACGAGUGCUUGCAGGUUACCCCGGUUACUCCGCCCUUUCGACACUGUACGGAAGCUAUCCCGGCUCCAGCAGCUAUUUUUCUCACUCGUCGGGUCUUCUUGGCCUUCCUAGUCCAUGGGGAUAUUCCCAUGCAAGCGGAUUUGGUUCACUAGGCUACCCAGGAUCUCUAGGAGGAGUUCUUGGUGGACUCCGAGGGCCACUCGGCCUACUUGGACGUUACCCAGGGCUUUCUGGCCUGUACCCUGGACUUAGUGGUUUGUCUGGAUUGUAUGGAGGAUACCCUGGUCUCGCAGCCCUCUCAGGUGUGCUUGGCCGUUUCCCUGGUUACUCAGCCCUUUCGACGCUAUACGGAAGCUAUCCCGGUUCCAGCAGUUACUUGUCUCGCUCCUCGGGUCUUCUUGGUCUUUCUAGCCCAUGGGGAUAUUCUCACGCAAGCGGUUUUAGUUCACUAGGCUAUCCAGGAUCUGUUGGAGGAGUUCUCGGAGGACUUGGAGGACCUCUAGGUCUUCUUGGACAUUACCCAGGACUUUCCGGCCUUUACGGAAGCUCACUUGCUCUUUCAGGUCUCACCGGAAGUUACUCAGGACUCGGACGCUUGUCUGGACUUCUGGGAGGAUACUCUGGUUUGACAGGGCUUUCUGGUUUGUAUGGGGGAUACCCAGGUUCCUUGGGAAGCCUCAGUAGCGUUUCCGGACCUCUAGGACUACUUGGACGUUACCCAGGGCUUUCAGGACUGUACCCUGGACUUAGUGGCUUGUCUGGAUUGUAUGGAGGAUACCCUGGUCUCACCGGCCUCUCAGGUGUGCUUGGUCGUUUCCCUGGUUACUCAGCCCUUUCGACGCUGUACGGAAGCUAUCCCGGUUCCAGCAGUUACUUGUCUCGCUCCUCGGCUCUUCUUGGUCUUUCUAGCCCAUGGGGAUUUUCUCACGCAAGCGCUUUGGGUUCACUAGGCUAUCCAGGAUCUGUUGGAGGAGUUCUCGGAGGACUUGGAGGACCUCUAGGUCUUCUUGGACAUUACCCAGGACUUUCCGGCCUUUACGGAAGCUCACUUGCUCUUUCAGGUCUCUCCGGAAGUUACUCAGGACUCGGACGUUUGUCUGGACUUCUGGGAGGAUACUCUGGUUUGACAGGACUUUCAGGUUUGUAUGGUGGAUACCCAGGUUACUUGGGAAGUCUUAGUGGCCUUUCGGGACCUCUAGGACUACUUGGACGUUACCCAGGGCUUUCAGGAUUGUACCCUGGACUUAGUGGCUUGUCUGGAUUGUAUGGAGGAUACCCUGGUCUCACCGGCCUCUCAAGUGUGCUUGGGCGUUUCCCUGGUUACUCAGCCCUUUCGACACUGUACGGAAGCUAUCCCGGCUCCAGCAGUUACUUUGCACGCUCCUCGGGUCUUCUUGGCCUUUCUAGCCCAUGGGGAUAUUCCCAUGCAAGCGGAUUUGGUUCGCUAGGCUACCCAGGAUCUCUAGGAGGAGUUCUUGGAGGACUCGGAGGGCCACUCGGCCUACUUGGACGUUACCCAGGGCUUUCUGGCCUGUACGGAAGCUCACUUGCUCUUUCAGGUCUCUCCGGAAGUUACUCAGGACUCGGACGCUUGUCUGGACUUCUGGGAGGAUACUCUGGUUUGACUGGACUUUCAGGUUUGUAUGGUGGAUAUCCAGGUUACUUGGGAAGCCUUAGUGGCCUUUCGGGACCUCUAGGACUACUUGGACGUUACCCAGGGCUUUCAGGAUUGUACCCUGGACUUAGUGGCUUGUCUGGAUUGUAUGGAGGAUACCCUGGUCUCACCGGCCUCUCAAGUGUGUUUGGGCGUUACCCCGGUUACUCAGCCCUUUCGACACUGUACGGAAGCUAUCCCGGCUCCAGCAGUUACUUGUCUCGCUCCUCGGGUCUUCUUGGCCUUUCUAGCCCAUGGGGAUAUUCCCAUGCAAGCGGAUUUGGUUCACUAGGCUACCCAGGAUCUCUAGGAGGAGUUCUUGGAGGACUCGGAGGGCCACUUGGCCUACUUGGACAUUAUCCAGGGCUUUCUGGCCUGUACGGAAGCUCACUUGCUCUUUCAGGCCUCUCCGGAAGUUACUCAGGACUCGGACGCUUGUCUGGACUUCUGGGAGGAUACUCUGGUUUGACAGGUCUUUCCGGUUUGUAUGGUGGAUACCCAGGUUACUUGGGAAGCCUUAGUGGUCUUUCCGGACCUCUUGGACUAUUGGGACGUUAUCCCGGCCUCUCAGGAUUGCUCGGAGGCUACUCAGGUCUAAAUGGUUUACUUGGAUUGAACGGAGGAUAUUCAGGUCUCACUGGCCUGUCAGCAUUACUUGGAGGAUAUUCAGGUCACUCUGGCCUUUCUACAUUGUACGGAGGCUACCCAGGUUACGGCAGCUAUUUUGGCCGCUCAUCGGGACUUCUUGGACUUACCAGCCCAUGGGGAACUUCAUAUGGCACCACCCUUGGAUCUUAUGGGUACCCUAGUUAUUUGGGAGGACGUUAUGGAGGGCUCCUUGGACGUUAUCCGGGACUGCAAGGAAGUUCUUUUGGUUUGUCAGGACUAUAUGGAAGUUACCCCGGUCUAGGGCGCUUGUCAGGGCUUCUUGGCUACCCUGGCUUGACAGGACUUUCGAGUUUAUACAGUGGAUACCCAGGCGCUCUGGGAGGUCUUAGUGGCCUUGCAGGACCACUAGGACUGCUCGGACGUUACCCUGGUCUUUCUGGUUUGCUCGGAGGCUACUCAGGUCUUAACCGACUGUCUGGAUUGUAUGGAGGAUAUUCAGGUCUCACAGGUCUUUCAGGGUUGCUUGGAGGCUAUCCAGGAUACUCCGGCCUUUCUACUUUGUACGGAGGCUACCCAGGUUACGGCAGCUAUUUGAGCCGCUCAUCGGGACUUCUUGGACUUACUAGCCCAUGGGGAACUUCAUAUGGUAGCACCCUUGGGUCUUAUGGCUACCCAAGCUAUUUGGGAGGACUUUAUGGUGGAUUUAGAGGGCCUCUAGGAGUUCUUGGACGUUAUCACGGUCUCUCGGGAUUGUACGGAAGCUACCCUGGUCUGUCAGGCCUCUACGGAAGUUACCCAGGCUUCGGAAGCUUGUCUGGACUCACUACUGGUUACCCUGGCUGGAGGUAUCCUUCUGCCUAUGGAGGUCUGAAUGGCGUAUGGGGAUAUCCAUACGGUAGUAGCCUUAGCCCAUACGGCUACGGAAGUUCAGUUGGCCCAUUCGGAUACUCUGGUCUUUAUGGACGCGGCGUUGGUGCAUUCGGAAACUAUGGCCCAUACGGGUCUUGGGGCUACCCUGGGUUCUACGGUAACGGAGUGGGUCCUCUAGGUGCAUAUGGAUAUGGUCCAUUUGGUCGAUAUGGUCCUUUCGGCAGCUCCCUUGGCUAUCCUGGAGCAUACAGUAAUGGAUUUGGUCCCUUUGGUCCGUUCGGUUAUGGCGGACCCUUCAGCGGCUACUACGGCCCAUAUGGUCCGUCCGGAAAAACUUUUGGUCCCUACGUUCUACCCGGCCCCUUAGGAACAACAACUUCAACUGUCGUCCCAACUGCCCAAGGACCAUCUGUCACCAGUACAGUUGUGCCUGAGGUUGUGAAACCAAGUGCAACUCUAGUCACACCUGAAGGCCUGCCCACACUACCCGUUAAUGUUGCAACGGGUUCAAAGGGGGUCAAGACCAUCGUAGGCUGAAAGCUACCCUAGUGCAACAAAAACUGUUCGCGAUGUCCCAAUCACAUCCGAAGCUGCACUUCGCGAAAUUAGUAACUACAAUGGACACUUUCGAAUAUAUACGGGCGCCACAAGAGAAGCAACGAAGGUGUAGACACUUCCUAGGUUGUUCUAAAAAAAUAAACAGCUGACAUCGCUCA